AUGCUAUCUGCAAAAGAAAUAGUAAGAAAAGAGUUAUCUAAUUUAAUAAAGGACUUUGAAACCAAUAUUACGGUUACGACCUCAGAACAAGCAGUGCAAACAUCAGUGGAGACAUUGAUAGAACAGAAAAAACCUGGACUCUUAGACUUUUUGAAACAAAGGAAACCCACUAUCCAUUCAACUGCAUCCGCAUUUAACUUAAUGCGCAUGUAUUUAGAGACAGAACCCGAGCAUGAUGAAGCUGAAACUGCAAAAGCGGCUGUAUGUGCUGGUACUUUUUGGGGCAAGAACAAACAUUGA